GAAUAGAAGGACCUGAGAGGUCUUUGCUCCCCAAACUGUUUGAUAGAUUUAAAUUUUGUCCUGGAUGUCAGCAUGAGGGUUCUGCUUGAAUAUAUCGCCUUCUUUUUUGCAAUGGUGUCAGCUGGUUUCCUUAUUGUGGCCACUUGGACAGACUGUUGGAUGGUCAAUGCAGAUGACUCCUUGGAGUUCAGUUCUAGAUGCCGUGGAUUAUGGUGGGAAUGUGUGACUCACGAAUUUGAAGGGAUUACAACCUGUGAAGAGUAUGAUUCCAUCCUAGCCGAACACUCACUGAAGCUGGUGGCCACCCGGACACUGAUGAUCAUGGCAGACAUCCUAACAGGAUUUGGCUUCAUUAUACUACUCCUUGGACUUGACUGCAUAAAGUUCCUGAAAAAUGAGCCCGGCAUAAAAAUACGCAUCUGCUUUGUGGCUGGAAUCACGUUGCUCUUGGGAGCUAUACCUGGUAUGGUGGCAUCGGUGUGGUAUGCUGUGGGAGUGUAUGUAGAGCGCUCCACCUUGGUCUUCCACAAUGUCUUCCUUGGCAUCCAGUUUCAGUUUGGCUGGUCAUGUUGGCUUGGUAUGGCUGGCGCGAUGGGAUCUGGUCUGGCAGGAAUGGUGCUGACCUGCUGCACCUACCUCUUAAAAGAUGUGGGGUCAGGGCACAAUCAUCCUCCUUAUUAUCAACAUUCACGGACAGCCAAAGGAAAGAAAUACAAAACAACCAGCCACUCAUCCCCUGCCAGUAUGUACUCCUACACAAAGACUGAAACUGCUAAGAACUAUGCCAUCGACACAAGGGUAUAGAGUCCAGGGGGCGAGCUCACCGCUGUUUCCUCCUUGCACAUGUGUGUGGUGUUUUUGAGUUCUGCCUCCACUUUGCACUGAAAACAUCUUAACCUGCUGGACAGAAACACAGCUGCAAGCUUGUUCCUUGUAAACUCCACAUUUGAGCUGAAAUCAUCCUUGUCAACACCCCACUGAAACAGAAAAUGAGAGAUGUCUGUGAAUCUGGGACAGCUGAACUGAACCACUGUUUACAAAUGAUCUCAAAUAGGCCUUGUAAAUCUCAAGGGGUCGCAUGAAAUGUGCAAAUCAGUAGCUAGUACCUAUUGGGGGGCUCUCGAGAAUAAGGGGGGACAUAAAAAAAUAAAGAAAUAUUGUACUCAUACUUUGAAUGUUGUCAGUUUGGCGACUAUGUCUGCACAGUCCAAGUGAUCUACUAGCAGAUUCCUUUGUGGAGAGCUGACCUUCUUGCUCCAUGCCUGCAUUACAUCACCAUGCAUCAGAAGACAAUUUAUCAUAAGGGCUAUUGAGGAGCUUUGGAAGGCCGACUUCUUCUGUAAUGUCUAUAAAAUUCUUGUCCUCCUUUUAUGCUGUGAUUUACAGUAGAUUUUGUUGUGUCAUUUUAAAAUAUUCUAAAUGCUUUUUCUUUGAGGCAUUCCUGGUGCUUAAAGAUGUAGAAGUAAGCCAUGAUCAUGUUAGACAUUUGCUGAUGCCUGUCUGCAUGGCAGCAAAGCAAUGUAAGUGAUGAAAAUUAAAUCAACAGUUUCUACAUC